AUGGCUUUUAUGAUCAAGGCCAUGGUGGGGAACCCCCUGAAGGGCAUGAUGGGGGGCGAGGAGAAGGAAGAGGAGGCCGCUCCCAAAGACCCCGCAGCCGCCGCCGGCAUGACCAGGGAGGAGUAUGAGGAGUACCAGAAGCAGCUGGUCGAGGAAAAGAUGGAAAGAGAUAAUGACUUCUUACACAAGAAGGCAGAGAGGGCAACGCUGCGGGUGUGCCUUAGGGAUAAAUACCGUUUGCCAAAGAGCGAGCAGGACAACAACAUGCUGGACAUGGUGGGAGACGACGUGGACGUGCCCGAGGAGCUGCUGAAGAUGGUGGACGAGGACGCCACGGAGGAGGAGGAGAAGGACUCCAUCAUGGGCCAGUUUCAGAACAUCCAGAACAUGGACAUGGACCAGAUCAAAGAGAAGGCCUCCGCCACGCUCACGGAGAUGAAGGGCAAGGCAGAGGAGAAGUGUUCUGUCAUGUAAAGAUAAAGGGAAGAAAGACAAAAAAAACGAGUGAGGUGGAGAACGGUGGAAAAAAGCUACUAAAAAGUUGAAAAUGUAAAAGAUAACAGAGAAACAAAGAAAAAAAACAGUUAACCAUU